AACGCGUUCUUCUUCUCGUCGUGCCGUUCAUCGUGAGUGAGUUUUCGACCGAUUGCCGUAAUUCGAAAGACUGAAAUAUCAAUACGAAGGGAAGGAUUGAAGACGUUUUCACGCGGCAAUAAUGGCGGCGACAAUGAGAUGUCUUAUGAGGUUCAAUGUGGGAUUGGCGAGCAAUGUCCUUCUAAGAAAUAGCAUUCUUAAUUCUGCAGCUUGCAGAUUCAUAUAUUCGGACGUUAGCCUGGGUCUACAGGGCUACGAAAAUGCACGAUUGAAUUUUCGCAAUCAGUUCUUAAAUGUGGAGAAUACAUUCCGCAGCAAAAUGGAGGAGGUGUGCAACGCAGACUCGAGUAUGAUCUUCACAGAAGAUCUGAAGUCCAUGCUGCAUUUAGCCCAGAAAAAACCCGAAGACAUUGAGCUUCUUAUUAAGAUGUUGACAAAGUUUAACAGUCAAUCCAAAGAGAUGAGAUUUGGUACUUUCAUCUUUGGUCCCGUGGUGAUGCGCACCUUCUACUACCUGGACGAACCAAACCUCGCGUACACUGCUUUCAAGGAUCCUAAGUUUGAGAAUUUCUUUGAUCAAUUAAUCAGUUACCAGAUUCUCUUGACUCUAUUAUAUAAGCAUGGAAAGUACCCAGAAAUGAGAGAUGUGUACGAUAUAAUUAAGAACAAACCAAUAGAUCAGGGAUAUGCCAGAAAUUCUUUUAUAUUGGUUAUGGCUGCCUGUUAUAAGGAGAAUACACCAGAGACGUUAGAGUACGGCUUGCAUCUAUGGAAAGAAAUAGAUGAAAAGGGACACACAAUCAUGCGUAGAGCCACCUCAUUUUUAGCAGCUCUAGCAAUUAAGCAGGCUUCACCUCACAUAGCUGUAGAGAUCUUAAGUUCAAUAAGAAUGGCCCGAUACAUCCAUGUGAGAUGUUUGAAAGUUUCAGCUUAUACAGAUUUGAACAGAUUUACUGAGAUAGUGCCUAUACUUAGGGCAUCAUUAGAGCAUGACAGACCAAAUGUCAACAAAGAAAGUUAUUUUGGAGAUGUGAUUGAAAAGCUGCAAGUAGCUAUGGCACAGGAGAAUAUCCCUCAGGACUUUGAACUUUACAAGUUGCUUAAUUUAUUGAAAUCCAACGAUCAAAUCUUACCCGAGACUUUGGAAAAUUCUCUCUGCGCGGAAAUAAGGGUGGAUAGAUCGAAAAGGAGAGAUUCUGACAUGUCCAAUCGUGGCUUCUCACGACAAAAUUUUGGUCAAAAUUUUGGUCAAAAUUUUGGUCAACAGCGUCAGCAACGACAGCAGCAAACGUUUUCGCGUAAUAGUAGAUCCGCAGUGCAAAAUAUUCUUUUGUAAGUAUUGUUUAUGGAAACGUAUCCAUACAGAAGAUGUAGAAUGCGUCUCGAAUAAUUCGCGCGAUAAUUCAUUUACCCGAGACAGUUUUAAGAUUAAACAAAUGAAUAAAUAAACAUGAUUUGUUUCGAUCGAUAA